AUGGAACAAGAAUGGAAAGAGGAUGUAUUCGAUUGUUGCAGUGAUUGCCCUGUAUGCUGCUAUGGUUGGUGUUGUACAGCUUGUUUGUUCGGUUCAAAUGCAGAGCAAAUCUCUGGCAAAAAUUGCUGCUUAAUGUGUUGUGCUUACCAAAUUUUGGCUCUCUGUGCUUUAUGUUGGGUACCACAUUAUUUUGAACGACAAAAAUUACGUGAAAAAUAUAAUUUAAAAUCUAAUCCAUCGUGUGGUGAUUGUCCAACGACAUUACUUUGCAGUCCAUGUGCAUUGUGCCAAGAAGCUCGUGAACUCAAAGCGAGAGACAGUGAAAAGCAAGCACUAAAUAAAAACUCUACUGAUAGUAAGCCGAUUCUUUCGCAACCGCUGUCGUCAGAAAAGAAAGACGAUCAAUCUGCUGGUACGAAAAAUUAA